ACCAUUCCCCAAUUACCAGAUAUAUAGUGGGGAGAGAGAGAGAGAGAGAGAGAGAGAGAGAUUGGGGAAAUCAAUUAGGUCUUGGCUCAAUGCAAUACUUACAGUUUCGAAAUUGAAGAGCCCCAUUUCUCUGAAUUAUUUCAAUGGCCGAUCACUCAGACGCUUCGCCUCUCAUGCCUCCGAAGCAGAUCACCGAGCCCAGCGAGAUCGACCUCGAGGCGGGCCCUGGCGAACAAAUCCAGUGCCGAAUUUGCCUUGAAAGUGAUGGUAGGGACUUCAUUGCUCCCUGCAAGUGCAAGGGGACUUCCAAGUAUGUCCACCGGGAGUGUUUGGAUCAUUGGAGAGCUGUAAAGGAAGGGUUUGCAUUUUCUCAUUGCACAACCUGCAAGGCUCCUUAUCAUUUGAGAGUUCAUGUCAUUGCUGAUAGAAAAUGGCGUACCUUGAAAUUCAGAUUCUUUGUGACGAGGGACAUUAUAUUCAUAUUUCUGUCUGUUCAACUUGUGAUUGCUUCGUUGGCCUAUUUGGUUUAUUUAAUAGAUGCUUUACAGCAAUUCUGGCUUCGUCUUGCAUGGGGUUUUGACAGUGAGCUUAGCUUCUACUAUAUAUGUGGAGCUCUAUUGUUUUUCGCUUUGCUUGGGUUGUCUGGCUGCUUCAUUACUUGUUACGACCGUAGGGUGCGCAACGAUUUGGCUCAGCCAUGUCGUGAAUUAUGCCUUUGUUGCUGUCAACCUGGUGUGUGCGCAGACUGUCAUUUACCUGGAACACUUUGUAUGUGGACUGACUGUACUACAUGCUGGGGAAGUUGUGCAAGUAUGGCAGGUGAAUGUGGUUGCUUGGGAGGCGCUGGUGAAGCAGGGCUACCAAUAUUAUUUAUAAUGGCUCUGAUUGUGCUGGGACUUUUCACCGUGAUUGGGAUAUUCUAUAGUGUCCUCGUAGCUACAAUGGUUGGACAACGGAUUUGGCAGCGGCAUUAUCAUAUACUUGCAAAAAGGAUGCUGACAAAAGAAUAUGUUGUUGAGGAUGUUGAUGGUGAGAUAACAGGAUCUGAUUGGUCUCCCCCACCUCUCCCAGCUGAGCAUAUUCAGCAGCUGAAAACGCUCGGCCUACUAUAGAUAUGAAGAGGGCUUGUUUACUAUUUACCAGAAUAACACGACGUUGAGAUAGACUGCCUGCCUCUGCAUUUGGUGGGUCAAGUGUUUUUACUAUAGGCUUCCGAGUCUCGUUCGCUCGCUUUGAUCCGAAAAGAGUUGAUGGUCACUGAAAAUAUCCCAUAACCAUUUCUUCUUGUUUGAGUUAUAUUUGUAAAAUUUUAUCAGUGUAAGAAAUCAAGAGUAGGAUAAUCUCAAAAUCACUAACAUGUAUAUCAUUGAUGUUUUCUAGCCAUAAAAAAGAACGACUCCUUAAUUUUCUCGCA